UUUUUUUUUAAUUUUUCAAGGGAAUAUAAAAAUUCUUUUAAAGAACAAACAAGGGUACAAUUGUCGAACUGAUAGACAAAUAUUCCUCAUGUAAUGUGUGGUUAGGAUAUAAAGCUGAACCAAUAUUUUAUUGGCUUUCAUUAUAAUUUGUUUAAACCAGUACACAUGGGGACACAACAGGAGAUUUUAAAGAAAAAGUUACUUUCAAGUGUAUAUUAUAGUUAACAUUUGUUCGCAUCAUGAUGUGGUCACCAUAGAGAUAGAAAGUGUAUUGAAAUUAUUUUCAAAAAAUCUUAAAGAGGUUAAAUUACUUAUUAAGCAUAUGUUAUCAUCAUAUAGCCUAGGGUAGAUUCAAAUUUGUUAAAAUUAUAGAUCUUUAAAAAAAUUCUUGCAAAAUCUUCAAUUCUUAUCAAGAUCGAAUCACAUGUUGGUGUGCAUUUAAUAUUUGUAUAAAUUAAUCUUGUUGACAAGAUUUAAUGAAAACAGUAUAAUAGCACUAAAAGGGCAUUAAACUUUGCAUAGUAAUCAAACUUUGUAUGCCUGCUCUCCAUGAUGAGUCAUCAAAACCUGCAAAUUUUCAAGUUCAGGGGUUAAAGUUCAAAGCCACUGAUCAGAAGUGAAUUUCUUAAUACUAUCUUUAUUUGGAGGAUUCAGACCACAUGGGGUUGGUCAUCAAGCUUUUCAUGCUUGCUCUCCAUGGAAAGGUUCAGAAAUGAAUUAAACAUGAUUUACAAAAUUUUAAGGUCAGAGGUUAAAGGUCAAGGCCACUGAAGUGAAACUCUUCAUAUUCUUGUUUGGAGGAUUAUGACAAAAUGGAGUUCAUUAAUCAAAUUUAAACUAAUUUGCAUGCUUGCUCGAUCUCCAUUAUAAGUUUCAGAACCUACAAUUUUCAAGGUUAAUCAUCGCUUAUUCAAAUGUUUAUUUAAUGUUAUUUGUUACACUUUAUGCAGAUGACGCAAUGUUAUUCCCAGAUAGUUGGUAAAGGUCAAGGUCACUGGAAUAAAUUUUGUCAUAUUCUCAUGGAAUUUUAAGAAUUCAAACAUAAUUGUGAAACUAGGUGAAGGUCACUGGAUGGGUCAUUAAGUCAUCAGCCUAUGAUCACCUGGGCUUGAAGCUUUUUAUGUCACCAGUCCAGCUGGACUGAUGGGGUAUGAUUUCAACCAGUCCGCAGAAAAAUUUAUCAGUCCAACAGAGUUUUCCAGAAAUAAUUAAACAUAUUUCGUUAAUGUUUUUAAAAUGAAAUUUUAACUCAAUAUGCCUCAGACAAUAUUAUAAUACACUUAAAUGUGGGAUUUAUACAUGUAUUUACAAAUCAGAUUCGUCUGAUAUCUACAGAUCAAAGCAUGCCAAAUCUGUGUAUAAAAUUUCACAAGUUACUUACUUACUUAUCCUCUUCAUCCCCGGUGGGACAUAAGGCACCAACAAGCUUCCUCCAUUUGUCCCUGUCCUUUGCCAAGUGCUGAGCCUGCCCCCAGGUGUAACCUUCCUCUUGAAGUUCCGCUUGGAUGGUUCUCCUCCAGGUAGUUCGAGGUCUACCUGCCUUUCGUUUCCCUGGUGGUGUCCAGUGCAAGGCAGUUUUUGGAAUCUUCUCACUGGGCAUUCUCAGAACAUGACCUAGCCAUCUAAAGCGCCACUGUUUUAUCUGUGUUGAGAUACUAUUACAUUUGCUAAUAUUGAACAAGUUCUUGUUUGUUAUUUUGUUAGGCCAGUAUAUUCGAUGAAUUUUUCUGAGGCAGCUGUUAUGGAAUGCCUCUAUCCUCUGUAUGUCGCUCUGUAUUAUUCUCCAGCAUUCCGAGCUGUAAAGGAGGACUGAUUUCACGUUGCUGUUAAACAACUUCAGCUUGGUGUUUAUGCUGAAGUUUUGUGUCUUCCAGAGUGACUGAAGUCUGUGAAAGGCUGUACGGGCUUUUGAUAUUCUUGAUUGUAUGUCUCAAGUAUAUUUUCCAAAAUGAUGCUUUAGAAAAUUAACCAGUCCCAUCAGACUGACUAAAACAAAUGUUAGUCAGUAUGCCAGACUUUUAACCAGUCACAGACUGACGGGCAUAUGUUAAUUUUGAGCCCUGAUGAUAUCUGAUAAAUGAUUAUGAUUGUACAGUGUUACAAGGGAUGUUUCUUUUGAUAAUGUUCUUUUUUAUUUCCUCUCAUGUUUGAUUAAAGAAUUUUAUGGAUUUCUUUUUAUCUGUGGUGCACAUAAAAACUCAUUCCUUUGAUUUUUUCUUUUCAAAGUUCACAAGUACCCUAUUCAUGUUUGGUGUAAUUUAUUCAGUGUGGAAUUUUAAUCAAUAUAAUUUUUUGAAAUGAAAGAGAGAGAGAGAAAGAUUGUUUGAGAGAGUUUCUAGUUUAUUUAUUUAGGAAUAGGCACAUAUACAAUAUAAAUACCAGACAAUAUCACAGAGGAACACAUAUAUAUAGUUAAAACAAAAGUUGUUGUUAGAUACAUAUGAGAGAGAGAGAGAGAGAGAGAGAGAGAGAGAGAGAGAGGUUAUACUUGUUAUCAUUUAUAAUAAAUCGAAAUUAUUAUAAAUACAAUCAAGGAAAUACAUUUUUUCACAAUAUCCUUUAUUUAGCCCUCUCUUUCCUUCUUUGUUAAUUAGUAAAACCCGCAGGGAUGUUUCACUUCCGGUUCCACGUCAUAUCAAAAGUGUUGUAAGGUUAUUUUUAGUGCCUAUUCAAUGACGAAAUUAGGAAUCCUAUUUUAAUUUUACGGCCUUGGCACCAUUUCCCGAGGUCUUCAACUGAGUUUUUAUCUCAAAUUCUCUGACGUUUGAAGUAUUUGGGGUGAAAACUACCCAUUUUUGAACAGAAGUGAUCAUCUUGGAAAAACCUGACGACAUUGUAAACAAACAGUAAACAACACAGCUUCACUGUGGUUCAGACUGAGGACUGGGAACACGUGGAGGUGGUGUUGCCAAUAUUUCACUUGGUGACGUGGCUUGGUGUGACGGAGAAAUCUACACGGUUUUAUACGAGACGUGUUAAUGAUUAAAAAUAGAAAAAUACCUGUCAACAAAGAUGGCUGUUGAAAGUGACCCCGAUGUCUUAGAUUUGCUGUUCGACAAAUCAAACGGAAUUCUAAAAAGCGAUUUACCAGAUAUACAGACCAUCGACUUUUCUGACCUAGGUCUUUUACCAGAAACAGAUAUUUUGGAAAAUGCUCUGAUUGAAUCAAAUAUUCCUGCAUUUUUCGAAGACCAUGAACAGCUUAGAACAAAAUCUCAAGAUGUAGUGCAUGACCACGAUUAUUAUGCCCAAAAAUCCCCGAGUGCAACAAGUGACAGUGGAAUAUCAAGUAGCGGAGCAUAUUCCCCAGAAAGGAUGACUGAAGACAAUUUACAAAACAGUCCAAGGGAGAGCUCGCUCUCGGGGUCACCUCGCAGCCAAUCAAAUUAUAACAUGGAAUUUCAAUUAAGUGAUAACCUUGGUGAUACUACUCCCCUCAAUCUGGAGAAUUUUGACUUUAAAAAUUUUGACAUAAGCACAAUUGAUGCUGCAGCAUAUCUGGAAGAUCAAGACUUUUUGGGUGAUGGAAUUCAAGACUCUGAUGUGACAAUCAACGUAAUGGACACCGAUUUAAUGGAUGAUUCUAUCACCAGUUCUACUCAGACAUCCACAGGCAGCUCUACAAGUACAACUAAAAUCAUCAAAGUGUGCUCCAGUAAGAGUGACACGUUACCAUUCACCAUGAAGGAUGUGUCCGGCGUUUCAUCCUCAUCCAAGUUCCCCGAGCUACAGCUGACAGAGGAGGAGGUAGAAUUAUUGUCGAGAGAGGGGGUAACUUUACCGACUAAUAUGCCCCUUACCAAGGAGGAGGAGAGGGUUUUGAAAGCUGUCCGAAGAAAAAUCAGGAACAAGGCUUCAGCCAAAGAGAGUCGGAAGAGGAAGAUGAAUUACGUGGAAGGACUGGAGAAGAGGGUGAAAAUGUCCACUACUGAGAACAGCCAUUUAAAAAAGAAGGUGGACACACUGGAAAAACAGAAUUCGAACUUGAUACAACAGCUGAAGAAGCUCCAGGCCUUGGUGCUGUCUAAAACCAGUAAACCCCAGGCUAGUACCUGUCUGGUGGUGCUUGUCAUGUCCUUCGCCUUCCUUAUUGUCCCAAACAUCGAUCCAUUCGGAAUCAAGAGGGACAAACUAUCAGACCCAAUAUCUGUACCCAUCCGAGGAAAAUCCAGAAGUCUGCUUCACACUCCAGAAGAAAUGCAUGAGGUUGAUACUGACCCCUACGGCCUGACCAUAAAACCUGGUCCCCCAUGGGAAGUGCCGCCCAAAACUCCGGCCAUUUCUCUCCCUCCCAACGUUGUUGUAGAAACUGUUGAUGAGGAAAUGGUGAACAAAUUAAUAGAAUCUGCAGAAAACGUUGGACCACUGAAUGUCUCGAUGGAUAACAUCGCAACACAAACCACAACAGCUAAAGAAACCAAAGACUCCCAAGAUGUUACAAAAACUGAACAUUCUCAACACAGACAGGAUCUGUGAAAUUUAGUGAACCAAGUCUGUGUUUUACUCUGACACUCAUCAUAGCCAGCUAAAGGAAAUUACAUUACAGAUUUUAUUUUUUCUGAAGGAAAUUUCUUGAGAAUUCCGAUUUUGGUUUACUGUAUAUAACGACCAGAAUUUAUUAAUUAGUCCUGUUUUGACUAUUCAGAAUAUAAGUACACUGUACAUGGAUUGCAAGCACAUACCUGUACAUUCCCAGAAUUUCACUGUACAGUAAAUAUACUCAUAAAGUAUAUUCAGAGAAUUUCAUUGAACAUGAUACACCAAUCAGCUCUGAAUCUAAAUUAUGCUAUACAUCAAUUAACAGUGUGUGAAUUGUUUUAUAUAGAUGUUAAUGAUUAACACGUUGGAGUAUAGAAUUCGUAUCCCACGAAACGUAUAAUGUGUUGUGCAAUAUUGGACUGCAGGCUCUCUCUACAUGUCUGUAGAUCAUUGGGAUUUGAACAUGGCUUGAUCAGAAUCGGAAAUGUCUCCAGUCUGAACACGACACGUGAAUUUCACUAGAACAGUACAUCCACAAUGACCUUUAAUCUUUUGUUACUGAACUCUAUGAUAUUACUGCAUGGUAACCAUGGUAAUAAUUGAGAGUUCCAAUUUUAUCUUCUUGACUCUUCUGCAGAGUUACUGAACUUUUAACUUGAUUUCAUGAGUUUGAAUCAUAGUUUGUAUGUUUAUGUGAUGAAGUGUUGAUCAUCGUUUAUCGCAGUUUUGUUGUAUAUAAAAUACAUCGGAACAAUACUGAACAUAAUCGUGUAGUGUGAGAGGAUAUGCAUGUUAAAUGGGUCAUUCUUUCAGCCAUUUAUUUGAUAGACAUUUUUCAAUCCAUUUUGUCGAAAUGUUUUAAAAUGAACGACUUGUUGUUUUACAUUACGUGAUUGAUGUACUUUGUUGUUGAUUUCUGAAUUUUUGAAUAAAAUUUUUCUUUGAACA